AUGGAACCACGCUCAACUCCCGCCCAACAAUUGAACCGCUCCUGCGAAUCCUGCCGGUCGCUGAAGGUCCGCUGUCUCCCCGACCCAAUUGCGACCAACCAGUGUCAACGAUGCGCAAAGGCGAAGAGGGCAUGUAUAUUUGUCGCGCCGCAGCGGCGUCGCCCGCGGAAACGGACGGAUACCCGUGUCGCUCAGUUGGAAAGGGAGAUGGCUGCGAUGCGCACGGCACUGAAGGAACGACGUUUGGCUGUCGAGGAGACGGCAGGUGAAGAAGAGACUGAGAGUGUGGAUGAAGACGAAGGGGCGGACGAGGUAGAUUUUGGAACGGAGGCAGUGAAACGACCACCGCCGAAUUAUCAGGACAUUCAAUACAAUUCAUCGAAUAGGUCUCAUGAUACGUCGCAGUCUCCCGCUAUUGGUUCUACUUCGCAAAUGUCUCGUGACGGGAGCUCUUCCGUAGGCGGUACUCCGGCAUUGACUCUAACCUCGAGUUUUCCUGAUGGCGAUGCGGAUGUCAUAGACCGCGGUAUCAUCUCUAUAAGUACAGCAGAGGACUUGGUUUCACUUUUUAUCAAUGAUCUGCUUGCUUUUUUCCCGUUCAUGGUCUUGCCCGCCGAUACAACCGCUCGUCACCUCCGUACUACAAAACCCGUGCUCUUCCUAGCCAUCCUAGCGGGCACUUCUAUCGCAGUUGACAACGGUCUCGCAAAUACUCUCAACCGUGAAAUGCUCACCAUGUACGCGCAGCGGUUCUUUUUCAAGGCGGAAAAAUCAUUGGAAAUGGUGCAGGCACUUCUCUUGAUGAACAUAUACUACCUUCCACCGGAGCUGCCUUCGCAGAUACAAGCAUAUCAAUAUUCGCAUAUCGCUGCUACCAUGGCGUUGGAAAUUGGGAUUGCCUCGAGAAAGCGCAUGCCUCGGAAAGUUGCGCCUGGGCAGAAACAUGUUAAGCCGCCGAGCAAAUUUGAUGAACAGAUGGCCGAACAAGCUCGUACAAUACUCGCCUGCUAUCAUCUAGCUUCAAACGUGGCUAUGCGAACCCGUCGACCCAACUUACUGCCUUAUAACGACUGGAUCAAAGAGUGUGUGCGGCUGCUCUCUCGUUCUCCGCAUGAUUCAGACAGACGUUAUGCUAGCUGGUUCGGUCUUCAAACCAUCACAGACGAGGCAUUGUCAUCAUUCGGUCUCGACGAUACCAGCUCAACGGCUCUGCUGUCUGAAACUCGUGUCAAUGGUGUGCUCCGCCUGUUUGAUAAAAAGAUGGAAGACUGGAAAGAGGAUAUUAAUCCUGAACUCCUUACUGUCCCAAUGAUGCUGGAGUUUCAGUACACCACCUUGGUGGUCUAUGAACUUGGUAUUGGCGAAGGAUACCGCGACCCAGAUGCCAUCAAACAGCAAUAUUACACCCUUCCUGCUCCGGAUGGAGAGAAAGCUCUCAAAAAGCCAGCAGAACCGCUCAGUGCGAUUCGAGUUGACCUUACCAUCAAGUGGAUGCACGCUGCACAGGGAUUGCUCAACACAUUCCUGGAAUGCGACGUACAUACCAUGCGAAAAAUGCCUAAUUUGACUUACUCCCGCACCGUGUUGGGCCUUAUGGUAGAGAACUACCUAGGGCAAUUGACUCAAAGACUCACUGAAGCAAGCGCUGCAUCCAAGUAUCCAAUUCCAGCGCGAUGGUUACUUGUUGUAGGAGGCAAAUCACGAGACUGGUUGCAACGGUUUAUGAAACACUGCACAGAUCAAGAAGCGCAGCAACGAGUUCAAUGCAAUGCUGGAAACAACAAUGCCGGCAACAGCAAUAACAGUAACAGUAACGAAGUUGCUGUCGGUCCUUCGACGUCAACGGUGUCAGAUUCCUGGCACGGAGGAAUAGUGCCCCUGCCAACACCAAUCAGUUAUCAUGAAGUGAACUUUUCUUAUGUCAGAGAACAUUUGUCACAACAGCAACAGCAACCGCCGCAUGUUGAGAAUCCACAGCAAUCUCACCAUUUCGGUGGCUAUCAUAACAUGUCUGCCCAUAACAUGACCGCGGUUCAAGUGACCAGCAGCGUGACCAAAGGUGCUACAACCACGACCACAAAUACAUACUACCCUAAUUACACCCAACCAACAUCCUGGGUCCGACCAACCGUCUCCCCCGGAAACGAGUACCAAAUCCAUCCACAAAACAUGUGGAACCUCCAGCAGCAGCAAAAUCAACAGCUAAUAAAUCUACACAACCAUUCGUUCCCCCCUGCGAUGGGCAGCAACGGUACCGGCCACGACAUGUUCCCCAUGGAAAUGGAAUUCGACUGGGUUCCCGAACAUGGCAUAUUCCAACUCCCAACAUUCUGA